AUGAUCAAAUCCUCUGAUAAGCUAUCAUCAUCAUAUGGAAGCAUUAAUAGUUCAAACGAUUCUAUUAAAAAAAAAGAUAGUAAACCUGAUACUUCGGUAGGAUCUAAAGAUGAAGGAGACAGUAAACCCAUUUGGGAUUGUUUGGACCUUUCCCAAUUCUAUUCCAACAAUAACAUUGGUUUAACUAUUCCUGUCCACCCCAAAGACUCCCUCGAUCAGAUCCUUAAACAAUCCAGCAAUUCAGCCAUUAUCUCUCUGGAUGAAACAUCUGUGGCAUCAGAGGAAUCUUGGUUAACAGGAGGAUUGCUGGGUUCCAAAAAUACGGUACUUCUCUUUAGAAGUUCAGCCCUAGCCAACGCGUCCGACUCGUCAAUACAAUCUAAGCCGGGAUAUAAAUUACGAAUAACUUACAAAGUCCUUCAAGCAGAAUCGAAACUUCUUUCCAAACUGUUAGAUUGCCAUGGAAUUACAGAGGUGGCUCCGAAUUCGAUGGAUUUCAAUUUGUUGUGGACUGGAUCUCACCCAAAACCAGAAAAAGUUAGUAAAUAUGAGACCGUGUUACAUGGUGAAGAGAUUUUGCUAUUUAACUUUGGUACAAUUAGGUCUCUGGCUUCACAUCAGCGAGUCAAUCAUUUUCCAAGGUCCUACGAAUUAACUAGAAAGGAUCGUUUGUAUAAAAACAUAGAACGGAUGCAGCACACGAAGGGAUUCAAGCAUUUUGAUUUUAUUCCACAAACUUUCGUUAUGCCAAUAGAAUAUCGCGAAUUGUGUUCAACUCAUCAUAGGAUUAAAGGACCUUGGAUAGUUAAACCAGUUGCUUCGAGUAGGGGCAGAGGUAUUUUUAUUGUCGAGUCUCCGAAUCAAGUGCCUCUAGAAGAACCUGUAGUAGUUGCCAAAUAUAUUUCUAAUCCGCUAUUGGUGGCUGGUCAUAAAUGUGAUUUACGAUUAUACGUGGUCGUUACUAGUUUCGAUCCGCUGCUAAUAUAUAUUUACGAAGAAGGUUUGGUGAGAUUUGCUACUGUCAAAUACGAUUCUAGUCAUAAGCAGUUGUGGAAUCCUUGUAUGCACUUGUGUAAUUAUAGCAUAAAUAAAUACCAUAGCGAUUAUGUCAAAUCAGACGAUCCCUCGGCCGAAAACGUCGGUCAUAAAUGGACACUAAGUGCUUUAUUGAGACAUUUGAAAUCCGAAGGAAAAGAUACAGCUUUACUUAUGUCUCAAAUAGAAGAUAUGAUAAUCAAAGCGUGUCUUUCGUGUGCUAAUUCUGUGAUAUCCGCUUGUAAAAUGUUCGUACCCAACUUUAACAACUGUUUUGAGCUUUAUGGAUUUGACAUACUUAUUGACAAGAAUUUAAAACCUUGGUUAUUGGAGGUGAAUUUAUCACCGUCAUUAAAUUGUGAUAGUCCAUUAGAUGUGAGAUUAAAAUCGGCCAUGUUGGCUGAUCUUUUGUCUCUAAUUGGAAUACCAGCAGUCGAUCCUACUGUGCGAAUACCAACACAAGAGAGCAAUAAAAUUUCAAACACAAAAGCUAGUUUGAGUAAUUGUCGAAGAGUCCAAUCAGCCGAUGGUUUGAGUACUAAUAGUUUAUUAAAAAAACACUCGUUGACUGCUAAUACUGUUAGUAGAUCUCCUCUUCCUUGUACGCCUGAAGAGGCGCGAAUCAUUCGACAUGCUUCGGCUCAGUUUAAAAGACGAGGCGGAUUCGUUAGGAUAUUUCCAUCUGCUGAUAGCUGGGCGAAAUAUUCACAAUAUUUAGAUCGUACUACUGGUAUUCCAUUAUCCGGCAAUUCUGGCGGCAAUUUUUGCAUAAACGGUCAACACAAUUACAAUUUCUUGUUGUACACGCAUUUUUAUCCGGACAUUUCUUUACAACCUCCCGUAGAAAAAUCGGUCGCUCGUUCCAAGCAAGGCAUCCGCAAACGAGAUUUAUCCGUCGACGGUUACAAAGAAUCUAAUAGGAAUGUGAUGACAAAUACGCGUCAGGAUAGAUACGAAAGGAUGUUGAGUCAAGGGCACAAAUCCGCGCUGGGACCGUUAAAAAUAUCGAGGGAAACGCAAUGCUUGGAAAUAAAAAAGAAAAUCGUCGAUAUGUUGCAAAAUGGAAAGCGAAUUACUCAAUCGGAAGCGAGAAGCACAUUCAGCCAUUACUUGGGCUGCAUUUUACGAAGAAUCGUAGCGGGGCCGGAUCACGAUCACAUCGAUAUCGUAUUAAAAUUUUUACAGAAGGCGUCGAACUAUUUGCGUACCCCUUUUAGCGUCAAGACGCCAAGCCAAAAAUUAGACUAUAAAGAUAGAGCGGCUGUUAUAGCUAAACAGCUGAACGACUUUUUAUAUCUUUAUAAUAGAGAAACCGAUUUGUAUGUGGAUAAAGCUGAGAAACCUGGUCAGAUACCGUCGCAUUUGUUUCACGAGUUUUUGGAACAUGCCAGAGAAAGCGAUUUAGAAGAACUUCUGAUUUACCAAACCACCCAAAACAUUUCGAGUUACUCCACAACGCCCGGUUUUCCGGGAAUUUUAAAAUGUAUCCCAGCAAUACCGAAAUAUUACGGCCUCAAACCGCCGAUUAGGGCUAACAAAGCGAAAGUGAAAGUCAAUACAACUACGGUUAACGUUACCUUAUAG